GAAAUUAUGCUGGCGCGCUACCGCCUAGUUUCGAUAUCGGCUAUUUGCCGAGCAUCUUUGUCGAUCUCCACUAUCGCAGUGGCGUUGCUAGCAACGUGGAAACGUCGUUCUUUGCCACGAGUGCGUUCGACCAGUGUGAGCAAGCAAGAGGAAGCGGAAUUAAUUUCUUCUAGAGUGUGAUGGUUGCGUGAUUUUUGGACGUUGUCGUUAUAGCUCAUUAACUAGUGUGCUUUUUGCUAGAAGAGAAACGACUCGGUUCUAUUGUGGGCCCCCGGACCCGACCAAUAAAUACGAUGUCGGGCGACCUCGCCGAAAGUGUACAAGAGAAGUGUGCGCUAUCGGAACAACCAAAGGCAUGUUGAGCUACGUUUGCCUAGGUCGUAUAACCACUGCGGUAGCCAACCGGCUAAUGUCAGCUGAGUCGCAUCAGCAACUGAGCAAAGUCCUUGUCUUAGGCUCAUGCAAUCAGCAGUAUUCGGGUGGGCUCGCGGUGCUGCAAUCUCAAACCAGGGUGUUCUCACAUUUUCCGGAGCUCAAGGAGCCGGAGUACAUCCAGCCUCGCAUAAAGCUUUGGGAUAAAUUUAAGGCUGAGCGGGAGGCCGAGCUGGCGGCCAAAGUUCCGGAACCUAUCAAGGUAACGCUUCCAGAUGGCAAAGUAGUUGAUGGACAAUCUUGGCGCACUACUCCGUACGAGGUGGCCUCCGUCAUCUCAAAGGGUCUCGCUGACAACUGUGUCAUUUCAAAGGUCAAUGGCGUUCUAUGGGAUCUCGACCGACCUCUUGAAGCGGAUUCUACUUUGAAAUUGCUAAAAUUUGACGACGAUGAAGGCAAGGAAGUAUACUGGCAUUCAACGGCUCAUAUUAUGGGCGAGGCGAUGGAGUACAAAUACCACGGAUGUCUCUGCUAUGGUCCGCCGAUCGAAAAUGGAUUUUACUAUGAUAUGGCAUUCAGAGAGGGUCAACCCGGCGUCAGCCAUCACGAUUUUCCCCUUAUUGAGAAACAGAUGAACCAGAUUAUCAAAGAGAAGCAGCCGUUUGAGAGGCUAGAGCUAACCAAAGAACAGCUUCUUGAGAUGUUUGCUUAUAACCCGUUCAAGGUUCGUAUUCUCAACGAGAAAGUGAAGACUCCUAGUACCACAGUGUACCGGUGUGGACCCCUGAUCGACCUGUGCCGAGGACCACACGUUCGUCAUACUGGCAAGAUUAAAUCGUUCCAGGUGACGAAAUGCUCAUCAUCAUUCUGGGAGGGUAAGGCCGAUGCCGAGGUUCUGCAACGCAUCUACGGCAUUUCGUUCCCAGACAAGAAGCUUCUAAAGGAAUGGCAGCAGUUCCAGGAGGAGGCGGCUCGCCGAGAUCAUCGAAAGCUUGGAAGAGAACAGGAAUUGUUUUUUUUCCACGAAUUGUCACCGGGCUCCUGCUUUUUCCUGCCGAACGGGGCACACAUCUAUAACUCGUUGAUCAAAUUUAUUCGUUCCGAGUACCGGAAACGCGGCUUCACCGAGGUUGUGUCGCCGAAUAUCUACAACGUCAAACUCUGGGAGACAUCCGGCCAUUGGCAACACUAUAAAGAGAAUAUGUUCUCAUUCGAGUGUGAAAAAGACACCUAUGCUCUGAAGCCAAUGAACUGUCCCGGCCAUUGUCUAAUGUUCGACGUCCGAUCACGUUCAUGGCGAGAACUGCCUUUAAGAUUUGCCGAUUUCGGGGUUUUACAUAGAAACGAGAUUAGUGGAGCGCUGACUGGACUCACUAGAGUUCGUAGGUUCCAACAGGAUGAUGCCCACAUAUUUUGCACUGUUGAUCAGAUCGCUCAGGAGAUUGACGCAUGUCUCGAUUUCCUGAGAGCAGUUUAUGGCGUGCUAGGGUUUACGUUCCAACUAAAGUUGUCCACUCGGCCUGAAGGAUUUCUUGGUGAACUCGAAGUAUGGAAUCGCGCAGAGAAGCAACUUGCGGAGUCGCUCGACAAAUUCGGCCAAGCAUGGGCUCUCAACCCAGGUGACGGAGCCUUCUAUGGACCUAAGAUUGACAUCAACAUUCAGGAUGCGCUGCGCCGCCAGCACCAGUGUGCCACUAUCCAAUUGGACUUCCAGCUACCCAUUCGAUUCAACCUAAAUUAUGUGAAUGAGGCAGGUGAAAAGACGCGCCCUGUGAUCAUUCACCGUGCUGUCCUUGGCUCGGUCGAGCGAAUGAUCGCCAUUCUAACUGAAAACUUUGGUGGAAAAUGGCCAUUUUGGCUAAACCCUCGUCAAGCAGUUGUUGUUCCGGUUGGGCCAGUGUUCGACGAGUAUGCUACAGAGGUGAAAAAGCAGCUGUUUGAGGCCGGAUUCCGUUGCGACGUUGACCUCAGCGAGGGCAACACGAUGAACAAGAAAAUCCGAAACGCCCAGUUGGCUCAAUAUAAUUUCAUUCUCGUUGUCGGGGAACGGGAGAAAUUGGCUGGUACGGCCAACGUGCGCACACGCGAUAACAAAGUUCAUGGAGAAUUCGCCAUUGACGAUAUCGCGCGGCGAUUUAGUGGACUACACAAGAACAAAUCGAACGAUUCGGAAAACGACUUCUAAAUAACGUCUAUUAACAAACGUUGAGUAAUAACAUAGUGGAAAAAUCUAUAAUUAAAAUUGUAGGCAUGUUGAGAGGCAGAGAGUGGGGGGAAUGGAAUGUGUUCAAUGGAUGGAUUGCGCAGUGUGUCUAGGGAGCCGUGUUGCGGCAUCCAGUUGAUGGCAGUAUGAUUACCGAGGCCACAGUGAGCAGCGUGUAGUUAAUAAUGAAGUAUUGUUCACAGACGGACCUUCUUCAUAGAAUUAUACAUUUACCUUGCCGUUACUUUUUGCUUAUUAGCUGUCAUAAUAACGAACCAGUGCAAGUACUUGAAAAAUUGUUUGCUGAGACCAAAUAGAGAUGUUAUAUUAUUUAAUAAGUGACAUUUAGGGCAAGAAAAAUUACAGUGAAAAAGAAAAGGCUAAUAUAUUUUUUUGUAUAGACGAAGAAAACGAAGGUUAUGCUACAUAUAAACCACCGCCAAUUAAAUUGCCUCUACACCAAUUGUUACCGAUAAGCUAUUAGUAAUUACUUAGUAUAGCGUAUGUUAGUUAUUAAUUUAAAAAAUACAAAAUGCUUAUUUAGUAGAUGGCGCCACUGUUUACAACAGCACGCCAACAACCAUUAUUGUAAAAGGCUGUGUGUUUCAUUGUGAAAAUGAUAUGCCUCACCUGAAUUGGCCAUUCCGUUUAGAAAGAGCUCCAGAGAAUGGGACAGCUGCUUAAGAAUGCGUUACGUGAACCAUAGGUAUAAUAACUGGUUUGGCUCUAUUAAAUUAUUUAAAAAAAUUUUAGAGGGCAGUUAGAAGCGAUAAGUACAUGUUGUCAUUUGGGUAUACAAAGCGACCGGAUAUGGUGCACGCGCCGAUAAGAACCUAUUUAUUGUAAGGACUGAAAUAGAGAUAAAAGAAAAGUGGCGACAGGAACAUAAAAAUUUCGACUUGUUCAGUAAUAAAUAAAUGAACGGAUUUCCUCUA